AUGUCGGCAGACGGGAUAGUCUGGGAAUGCAUAAACCGCGGCUUCUGUUCUUUUAAGAUUAAAACAGAUCGGACCAUCUUUUGCACCAAUAAGUACAACAUUACAGGUAUCUGUGAGAGAAAGUUCUGUCCCUUAGCAAACAGUCAAUACGCCACCGUCCUGGACGUUAACGGACACAUAGUUCUUCAUAUGAAGGUUAUCGAGCGUGCGCAUCUCCCAUCCGAACAAUGGGAAAUGGUGGAACUCUCGCAGGACUACAAAUUGGCCGUCAAGCAGCUCCACAAGAAUCUCAAAUAUUGGCCGGUGCACAUACGCGACAAGUGCCGUUUGCGCCUCAAGAAGAUAAAGGAAAUGCAUAUCCGGAUGCACAGACUUGAGAAAACCAUAGAGCCACGACUAGUACACAUCAAGAAGAAGGCUGAGCGGCGAGACAUGUUGAGGCAGGCAAAGGCCUUGGCAGCAGCACAGAUAGAAAAGACCAUCCAAAAAGAGCUCCUCACACAGCUCAAGGAAGGAAAGUAUGAUGAAAUAUACAAUUUCUCUACGCUGGCAUACAAGAGCCUAGUAACUGAAACUGCUGGCAAGAAGCCGGUCAAGUUCCACGAUAAUGAGGAGUCAGAGGGCCGCAUGCAGAAGGAGCGUGAGGUGAGCACUGAAGAGGAGUAUGAAUACGAAAAACAGGAACGAGAACCGGUGCGUGCAGCCGCUUAG